UUUUAGGUUUUAAUGUAAAUCAUUUGGAUAUAGCACCACGUUAUGCAGCAAUAUUAAUGGGUUUCUCAAAUGGUAUUGGUACAUUAGCUGGUUUAACAUGUCCAUUUGUAACAGAAAAAUUAAUUGCACGAGGACCACGAGGAUGGGAAAAAGUAUUUCUACUUGCAAGUCUCAUACAUUUUACCGGUGUUACAUUUUAUGCUAUUUAUGCAUCCGGUGAGCUACAGGAUUGGGCUGAACCAAAAGAUGAGGAAGAACCAUGGUUCCAUAAUAAUAUCUGUAAAAGUAAUACAAAUCCUGGUAACGAUUAUGGAACUGUAAAUCCAGAACAACAACAAAAUGAUCCAAUUCCAGAUUUUAAUAUGAUCUGGAAUGAUUCAGCAUCGACAAUAAAUCCAAAUGAUAUGAGCGGUAGCUACAAACCAGCAGGAGAUGAAUUGAAUUACAAUCAUUCAAAACGAUACAAUACGAACAAUAACUAUGAUGAUGGAUGGUGACGAAGAAUUUAUCAGAUCUAUUGUUAUUUUAUUAAAACAACCACGAUGACAAAUCAUUCCUAUUCAAAAAAUACAAUUUACUUUCCAGAAAAUUUUGCCGAAAAUUGUAAAACGUAUGGCAUAGGAAUAAAAUAUUAAAAUUUUAUCACAUAC